AUGGCUAUACAAAAUAGCAAUACUAUUACGCAAUUUUUUCUUCCUAUACAAAAUGAACCUGAUACACAAACAGAUGAUACUCAUUCAAAUGAAUUGGAAGGUUAUAAUGAUAUCAAUUCAUCAUCCACAGGGUCAGAAAUAGAAAGUGAUAAUGAAAUUGAAUUAAUAAAAUUAAUUCCUUUUAUAGAAAAAAAACUUCAAGAUGAGAUUCUAUUACCUGAACAAAAAUGGCGAUUAGGAGCUACGUGA